AUGAGUGUAAUGAAUUCAGAAUUUAGGAAUGACAAUGACUUCAUUAAGGAUGCAAUGGAACAACCAGUAGUAACAAUUGAUGAGACUCCUAAGAAGGCACCUAAGAGGAUUGCUAAGAAGCCAGUUUCAAAGGAAAAGUCAGGUUUUUUUUGCCUAAGUCAAGCCACUGUUGUUGGUUCUAGCAGUACACCAGUUGAUAGCUUUAAUCAUGAUUACUGGGUUGAUGAAGUAAACAACACUGCUGCAGGGGAUAACACUGAUGCAGGGGAUAAGACUGAUGCAGGGGAUAAGGCUAAUGCAGGGGAUAAGACUGAUACAGGGGAUAAGACUGAUGCAGGGGAUAAGGCUAAUGCAGGGGAUAAGACUGAUACAGGGGAUAAGACUGAUGCAGGGGACAAUAGUGAUGGUGAUGAUGAGGACAAUGUGGUGCUAGAGAACACUACUGUAGAUGAAUGUCACCCCAUUGAAGACCCAAAUGCUCCACCAAUCUUUGACAGUGAUGAAGAAAAUGAUAUUGAUUAUGAAGAUAUUGUCAAGACAUACAAAGUUGGAGAUGAAAGCAGUGAUUCAAGCAGUAGUGAAGAAGACAAUGAAGAAGUUUCUAAUGAUGACAAGAAUAAUGAUAAGGAUAAUGAUGGUCCUGAAGUAAAUGAUGAUAAAUAUUCCAAACCAAAGCUUGAUUACCAGAAGUGGAAAGAAAUGUUCAAUAUGCACAGUGAUGAAGAAGAAGAACCAUUAUUCCCUGUAGAAGAAGAGGUGACUCCUGUUGAUCCUACUAAGAUGGAGGUAAAGUAUGCUUUUAAUAACAAGAGUGCUUAUAAGAAACAUCUUAGGGGUUACUGUGUAAAACAUAAUUAUCAGUAUACGGUCUAUAAGAGUGACAAAACAAGAUUAAGAGUGAGAUGUAGGUUUAGGGAAGAGUAUGGCUGUAACUGGUUUGUAAAUGCUAGCAUAAAAAGGCAUGAGCCUACUUUUAUUGUUAGGAAGGUUAAUCUAGAACACACUUGUGUUGCGGAUCCAAAGAGUUUUAACAGAUCCGCGGAUCCUGAGUUCGUAAAAGAUGUGGUACAUGAGAAGUUAAAGCAGACAGCUGGGGCCUUAAUUCCAAAGCCUAAACACAUUGCAAGAGACUUUUUUGUAACUCAUAACAUCAAUAUACCUUAUAUUUGUGCAUGGAAGGCUAGAAAUCUUCUUUUAGAAGAUCUGUUUGGUAAUUAUGAAGACAGCUACAAGGAUGUACCCAUCUUUUGUGCAAUGGUGGCUCAUACUAAUCCAGGGUCUGUUGCUAAAUACACUUAUGGGAAAAGAGAUAAGACAUUCAUGAGCAUGACUAUUUCAUUUGCUGCACCAAUGAGAGGAUUUCAGAAAGCUUGCAGGGGAGUCAUAGGUUUAGAUGCAUGCCAUCUAACUGGAAAGCGUGGUGGUGUUCUAAUGGCUGCAACAGCAAUUGAUGGUCAGAAUUCUCUGGUGCCUUUAGGCAUUAAGGUGGCUAAGAGUGAAACCAAGGAGAGCUGGACUGGGUUCCUCAAGGAUUUGGCUCCAGCAAUCAAUGCACAUCAUGCUGGCAGAAUUACCUUUAUUUCUGAUAGGCAAAAAGGGUUGUUGGAAUCUGUUCCAAAGGUUUUCCCUGGUGCAAGAGUUAGAUAUUGCUUCAGGCACUUGUACAAGAACUUCAAGAAGUACCACAAGGCACCAACCUUGCACAACUUAUUGUGGAAUGCAUGCAAAGCUUACAAAGUGAGGCAUUUUCAGGAGCACUUUGACAACAUAUGCAAAGAAAGUCCGGCUGCUGGUGAAUAUCUUAGGAAAGAAGAUCCAAGUACUUGGUCUAGGGCUUAUUUUGAUCCCAUUAGCUGUUGUGAGCAUAUGAAUAACAAUUUCUCAGAAUCAUUUAAUUCUAUGAGUUCUAAUAUGAGAGAUAAACCAAUAAUCCAACUAGGCAUGAUGUAUGGUCAGUUAGUAAUGGGUUUGUUAUUUAAGAGAAGGGAAGAAUCUGCUAAGUGGAAUCAAAAUGAUUUGGUCCCUGCUGCUGUUAAGUUGAUAAAUAAGAUGCUUGACUUGGUUGGGAAGUUUGAUACAGAAGGAAGUGUGGUUGGACAGGUUUAUUUGGUAACUAAUGUGUCUACCAAGAAAAUUUUCACAGUGAACAUUGUAGACAAACAAUGCACUUGUUUGCAAUGGCAGCUAAGGGGAUUCCCUUGUCAACAUGCUGUAUGUGCAUUGAAACUGCUCAGGCCAAACUGGAAAGAUUAUUGUGCUCCUUACUACUCUGUGGAAUAUUAUAGGACCAUAUAUGCAGAUGCUGUAAAUCCACUAGAAGACAUAAGUGAAUGGAACUGGGAAGAUAAGGCAUCCAUGGACAUCAACUUAAAGCCUCCUCCUUAUCAAAGAAAAACUGGAAGACCAGCAAAGAAGAGGAAGAGGAGCUAUGAUGAACCUGAAACUGUGGUGAAGAAAAGGAAAUGUGGAAAGUGUGGAUCUACUGCUGGUCAUAAUAAGAGAACCUGUGCUGGUGGUGAUGUUGGUAAAAACCCAACUGGAUUCAUGCCAAGCACCGAGUAUGAUGCUGCAAACUGCACCUUCACUAGUAGAGAUCAUCCUGAAAGUAGCAGUGCAAGGGGUAAAGCAAAGGUGAACAAAUCCAGAGGUACAUCUUCAUUUGUUGGUGAGUCAACAGGACCUAAAAACUUUGGAAGAGCACCAACAGAACCUAGCACCCAUGGAUCUACACAAGAUGUUCUGAAUUUCAGUCAGAACUUUACUGGUAUUGGAUCUGUUAGUCAACAUAUUCCUGUCACAAAGGGAAAGCAAAGCAAGGCUAAGAAGAAGUAGAAGUGUGUGUGUGCUUCUUGUUGUGUUAGAUCUUUUUUUUUUGCUUUAGACACUGAUAUCAUAGUGUUAGAUCUGUUUUUUUUAUGUACCUGAAUUCAGUUUUAUUUUGAUGGAUAAUCUUACUUUAUGAAUGGAAAUGAUAUUAGUUAAGAACUAAUUACAU